AUGACUUCUCAGUCGAAUGUGCCUCAGGUCCCAACCUCCAUCACAGGCCAGAGCAUGACACCCAACUCGAUGGGAGUGCUUACAUCACAGUCAUUGUGCACAGUAUUUUUUGAUUGUUCGAAUUUACUCCUGAGAGGGACGAGGACAAAUCAGUUGUUUCUAAUAUUUUUCGCCUCUUUUUUUCCUUUCUUUCCUUUUUCUCUUUUCCUCUCUUUCCUUUUUCUCUUUUCCUCUCUUUCCUUUUUCUCUUUUCCUCUCUUUCCUUUUUCUCUUUUCCUCUCUUUCCUUUUUCACUUUUCCUCUCUUUCCUUUUUCUCUUUUCCUCUUUUCCUUUUCCCUUUUCCUCUCUUUCCUUUUCCCUUUUCCUCUCUUUCCUUUUCCCUUUUCCUCUCUUUUCCUUUUUCCUUUUCCUCUUUCCUUUUUCCCUUUUCCUCUCUUUCCUUUUUCCCUUUUCCUCUCUUUCCUUUUUUCCCUUUUCCUCUCUUUCCUUUUUCCUUUUCCUCUCUUUCCUUUUUCCCUUUUCCUCUCUUUCCUUUUUCCCUUUUCCUCUCUUUCCUUUUCCCUUUUCCUCUUCUUCCCUUUUCCCUUUUUUCUCUCUUUCCUUUUUCUCUUUUCCUCUCUUUCCUUUUUCCCUUUUUCUCUCUUUCCUUUUUCCCUUUUCCUCUCUUUCCUUUUUCCCUUUUCCUCUCUUUCCUUUUUCCCUUUUCCUCUCUUUCCUUUUUCCCUUUUCCUCUCUUUCCUUUUUCUCUUUUCCUCUCUUUCCUUUUUCCCUUUUCCUCUCUUUCCUUUUUCCCUUUUCCUCUCUUUCCUUUUCCUUUUUUCCUCAAUUUUCCCUUUUCCUUUUCCUCUCUUUCCUUUUCCCUUUUCCUCUCUUUCCUUUUUCCCUUUUCCUCUCUUUCCUUUUUCUUUCCUUUUUCCCUUUUCCUCUCUUUCCUUUUUCUCUUUUCCUCUCUUUCCUUUUUCCCUUUUCCUCUCUUUCCUUUUCCUCUCUUUCCUUUUUCUUUCCUUUUUCCCUUUUCCUCUCUUUCCUUUUUCCCUUUCCUUUUUCUCUUUCCUUUUUCCCUUUUCCUCUCUUUCCUUUUCUCUUUCCUUUUCCUUUUCCUCUCUUUCCUUUUUUCUUUCCUUUUCCUUUUCUCUCUUUCCUUUUUCCCUUUUCCUCUCUUUCCUUUUCCCUUUUCCUCUCUUUCCUUUUUUCCCUUUUCCUCUCUUUUCCUUUUCUUUUCCCUUUUCCCUUUUCCUCUCUUUCCUUUUUCUCUUUUCUCUUCUUUCCUUUUUCCCUUUUCCUUUUCUUUUCCUUUUUUCCCUUUUCCCUCUUUCCUUUUCCCUUUUUCUCUUUUUCCUUUUUUUCCUUUUUCCUUUUCCUCUCUUUUCCCUCUUUUCCUCUUUCCUUUUCCCUUUUUCUCUUUCCUUUUCCCUCUUUCCUUUUUCUCCUUUUUCCCUUUUUCUCUUUCUUUUUUCCUUUUUCCUCUUUCCUUUUUCCUUUUUCCUCUCUUUCCUUUUUUCUCUUUCCUUUCCUUUUUCUCUUUCCUUUUUUCUCUUUCCUUUUCCCUUUUUUCUCUCUCUUUCCUUUUUCCCUUUUCCUCUCUUUCCUUUUCCCUUUUCUCUCUUUUUCAGUUGCCAUCAGGCUAUAGAACCCAUCAUUGUGCAAUAUUUUUCCUUUUCCUUUUCCUCUUUCCUUUUCCUUUUUUCUUUUCCUCUCUUUCCUUUUCUCUUUUUCCUCUCUUUCCUUUUCUCUUUUCCUCUUUCCUUUUUCCCUUUUUUUCUCUUUCCUUUUUCCUUUUCCUCUCUUUCCUUUUCCCUUUUCCUCUCUUUCCUUUUUCCCUUUCUUCUCUUUCCUUUUUCCCUUUCUUCUCUUUCCUUUUUCUCUUUUCCUCUCUUUCCUUUUCUCUUUUCCUCUCUUUCCUUUUCUCUUUUCCUCUCUUUCCUUUUCUCUUUCCUCUUUUUCCUUUUUCUCUUUUCCUUUUCCCUUUUCUCUUUCCUUUUCCCUUUUCCUCUUUCCUUUUUCUCUUUUCCUCUCUUUCCUUUUUCCUUUUUCUCUUUUCCUCUCUUUCCUUUUUCUCUUUUCCUCUCUUUCCUUUUUCUCUUUUCCUCUCUUUCCUUUUUCUCUUUUCCUCUCUUUCCUUUUUCUCUUUUCCUCUUUCCUUUUUGUCUUUUUCUCUUUCCUUUUUCUCUUUUCCUCUCUUUCCUUUUUCUCUUUUCCUCUCUUUCCUUUUUCUCUUUUCCUCUCUUUCCUUUUCCUCUCUUUCCUUUUUCACUUUUCCUCUCUUUCCUUUUUCCCUUUUCCUCUCUUUCCUUUUUCCCUUUUCCUCUCUUUCCUUUUUCUCUUUUCCUCUUUCCUUUUUCUCUUUCCUUUUUCUCUUUCCUUUUUCCCUUUUCCUCUCUUUCCUUUUUCCCUUUUCCUCUCUUUCCUUUUUCUCUUUCCUUUUUCUCUUUCCUUUUUCCCUUUUCCUCUCUUUCCUUUUUCUCUUUCCUUUUUCUCUUUCCUUUUUCCCUUUUCCUCUCUUUCCUUUUCUCUUUCCUUUUCUCUUUCCUUUCCCUUUCUCUCUUUCCUUUUUCUCUUUUCCUCUCUUUCCUUUUUCUCUUUUCCUCUCUUUCCUUUUUCUCUUUUCCUUUCUUUCUUUCCUUUUUCUUUUUGUAAUGCCAUUUAUUGUUCCAUAUUUUUUUUUUUAUUUAAUAUAUCUGUUCUAA